AAAACGUUGCGCAUUAAAGUGAAAGAGCAAUGCACGCGAGCCCGCGGGGAAGAGAGUGGGAGAGAGACUUUGACUCAGCCAUCCGACCGGGCAAAGACUUCAUCUACCGGAGACUAUGAAAUUUCUCUGCAAGGUUCCGCUGGCCCAGUAACCCUCAUGAAGCCCGACCACUCGUUUUUGUGCGUGAAAACAAGAGGAAAGCUUCCUAGAAAAAAACUAUCUUCCUUGCGGAAUUGAGAGAAAAUUUGCUAGAAAUUGAUGGCGCCGCUUUUUUUUCCUAGGAAAGUAGCUCGAGAGAUUUUUGACUUGAAUUGAUGAGAAUUGGGGCUUUUGUGUGUCGAGUGCUCGAGUUGAAUUUUAUCCCAUGCGAGACGAAGGUCGAUGAAACACGCAGUUUUUUAGCAGGAGAGGAAGGACAGAAAUGAAGCGAGCGAGCUCGGCAGUCUCAUCUUCGGCGACUCUGUACUUAAUUUUGCUGUUUUAUCUUUUUUCCAGGGUGUCCGGUAAUGCCGAAGGUGAUGCAUUGAAUGCUUUGAAGACUAACUUGGCUGAUCCAAACAAUGUUCUGCAAAGUUGGGAUCCUACCCUUGUUAAUCCUUGCACAUGGUUCCAUGUUACGUGCAACAAUGAAAAUAGUGUGACAAGAGUUGAUCUUGGAAAUGCAAAUUUAUCUGGUCAACUGGUUCAACAACUUGGUCAACUUCCAAAUUUGCAGUACUUGGAACUUUAUAGUAAUAACAUAAGUGGAAGCAUUCCUGAUGAACUUGGGAAUUUGGUGAACUUGGUCAGCUUGGAUCUUUACUCAAACAAUUUAAAUGGUCCCAUUCCAGGCACAUUGAGCAAGCUUAACAAACUACGGUUCCUGCGACUCAACAACAACAGCUUGACGGGAAAUAUUCCUAUGUCGUUAACUACUGUUGGAUCACUGCAAGUUCUGGAUCUAUCAAAUAACGGUCUGACAGGAACUAUUCCAGUCAAUGGCUCCUUUUCUUUGUUCACUCCCAUCAGUUUUUCUAAUAAUACUGGUCUUAAACCUGCAUCUACUCCACCUCCGCCUAUUACUCCUUCACCACAAGCGCGUUCUUCAGGGAACAAUGUCACUGGAGCAAUUGCAGGAGUUGUUGCUUCUGGUGCUGCUCUAUUAUUUGCUGCCCCUGCAAUUGCACUUGCUUUGUGGAGACGAAGGAAGCCACAGGAUCAUUUCUUUGAUGUGCCUGCUGAAGAGGAUCCAGAAGUUCAUCUAGGACAGCUGAAAAGAUUUUCUUUGCGUGAGCUUCAAGUUGCAACAGAUUAUUUUAGCAAUAGAAACAUCCUGGGCAGAGGGGGAUUUGGUAAGGUUUACAAAGGGCGCUUAGCUGAUGGUUCCUUAGUGGCAGUAAAAAGGCUAAAAGAGGAGCGUACUCAGGGGGGUGAACUGCAGUUCCAAACAGAAGUAGAGAUGAUCAGCAUGGCUGUGCACCGGAAUCUUCUUCGACUACAAGGCUUUUGCAUGACACCAACAGAACGCUUGCUUGUCUAUCCCUUUAUGGUUAACGGAAGUGUUGCAUCAUGCUUAAGAGAGCGUCUCGACACACAACCUCCACUAGAUUGGAAAAUACGGAAACAUAUUGCUUUGGGAUCUGCCAGGGGGCUUGCUUAUUUGCAUGAUCACUGUGACCCUAAGAUUAUUCAUCGUGAUGUGAAAGCUGCAAAUAUACUGUUGGAUGAGGAGUUCGAAGCAGUUGUUGGAGAUUUUGGGCUGGCUAAACUUAUGGACUACAAGGAUACUCAUGUGACCACUGCUGUGCGUGGAACAAUUGGGCAUAUUGCCCCCGAGUACCUGUCCACAGGGAAGUCUUCAGAAAAGACUGACGUUUUUGGGUAUGGGGUCAUGCUACUUGAGCUCAUCACUGGGCAGAGGGCUUUUGAUCUUGCUCGGCUUGCAAAUGAUGAUGACGUCAUGCUGCUUGAUUGGGUGAAGGGACUUCUAAAAGCGAAGAAGUUGGAAACGCUUGUUGAUUCUGAUAUGCAGGGUAAUUAUGUUGAGGAAGAGGUUGAGCAGCUGAUCCAGGUUGCUCUACUUUGCACAUUAGGCUCCCCGAUGGAAAGGCCCAAGAUGUCAGAGGUGGUAAGAAUGCUGGAAGGUGAUGGCUUGGCGGAGAGGUGGGAAGAGUGGCAGAAGGAGGAAAUGUUCCGUCAGGAAUUCUAUCAUAUCCAUCCUCAUCACCACCCUAAUACUGAUUGGAUUGUCGAUUCCACAAGCAACCUCCGCCCUGAUGAAUUGUCUGGUCCUAGGUGAUCCUUUCAGCCUAAAAUACUUUGGAAAUGCCUUCACUGUAAUUUGGGGAAGCCAGAUUUUCCACGCCUUUUGUGCAUAUGAUUUGGUGCAAAUGAUUUUCCAUCUGUAUCUUAAUGUUGUUGUUAUUCUUUUAUGUUUUCCUUUUCUCAUAUAAAUCAUUAUUUAUAUAUAUUUUAUAGUCAGAUGAUUCUGUAAUUUAUAGUCUUGCGAUUAGCUAAUUAGAGCGAUAAAUGAAAAAUUGAACAUGGAAGGGUUAUUUUUUAUGCAUUCAAACUUAUAAAAAUAAAUAUGUUUCUUUGUUUA